CUGAAUUUUUCUUCCUGAUAUAAUUUAUAUAAAGUUUAAAAAAUGCUUUAAGUAUACAAAUAGUUAACAUGAUGCAUGGACAUAUUAUUUUCGUGUCUCUGUGUUUACUCUGCCAUGUUUUCCACUCUACACUGUCACAAGAUGUCGCACUUAGUGGUUAUUGUCAAGGAGGUGUGGAUAACGAAUGUUCAGAUCCAAAUGCUGAAUGUAUUAAAAGUAAAUGUACAUGUAAUGUCGGCUAUUACCGUUUCUAUGAAGGGAACUCACAAAGUAAUUGCAGAACAGUGCAAGAACUUCAGGUAACAGGCAUUACAUUUUCAAAUAUAAAAACCACAGAAUUUAUUGUAUCUUGGACUACACCUACUAGAUCUAGUUAUGUAAGCGGAUAUGAUGUAGAAUGGCAAACUUGGGGUAAGGUGGUCGAUGCAACAUCUCCUCAGAAGGUUACAGGUUUGACACCUGGUAAAACAUAUGUAGUCAAAGUGAUAUCAAAAGAUACAGCCACACAACCUGGUGAUACAAGGACAACUAAUACAUCAAAACAACAAGCUGCAAAACCGAGCAUUCCAGGUCCUGUAACAAGUUCAGAAAAUGAUUUAGAUGCUAGUGAUGGAAACAUAGUUAUUAAAUGGACAGCAGGAGCUGGUGUAACAACGUUAUAUAGAGUAAAGUUAUUUGAUGGUGAUACACAGAAAGGCCCCCGAGACACCCCAACUUUAUCAACAACAUUUUACAAUGUACUGAAUGGUUAUAGAUACAUUGUCAGUGUAACAGCAAGGAUUCAACAGUUUAAUGAAAAUGAUUUAUGGAGUGGGACAAAGGUUUCUACAAUUAAAACAAAAGUUCAAGUUCCACAGGCACCACGUAAUGGUGUUUGUAAAUCUCCUACAGACGCUUCUAUCACACUUGAUUGGGAUGCACCUUCUCUACCUAAUGGUGAUGUAAGAAGAUAUCAUAUUGAUGUUAUUAAUACUGCUAGUUACAAAGUGCUGUUCCGUGAUAAAACUACUGGAACUGAAACACAAAAAGUGGUUGGAAAUCUACAACCAGGAACCAACUAUAUAUUUCGGUUAUAUGCAGAAAAUGAAGGAUAUAAUUCAACAACUUAUGCUCAGGUGUCAUCAGCUUGCAAAACUAGAGCUAAGAUGACUGAAGCACCAACAAAGCUUGCAGUGAAUGGAGUGACAAGUCGUGGUUUUGAUAUUUCUUGGGAGAAACCCGAAAAUACAUACAGUGAUGAAAACUAUGGAUACGUUCUACAGAUUAAAGAUGAGACCAGUUCAUGCUGGAAAGAAGUUAUUUAUAGUUGCUCAGAUUGUAGUGGUAGUUUAAAACUUUCAUAUUUAACUAAUUUGUGUGAUCCUACUAAAAGAGAUCCAGUUAUUGAUAAAACAAAACAAGAAUUAGCUAGUAAGUUGACAUAUACUGCCGUUCUUCACCCAGACAUUGUCUACACUGUGUCUGUUACUGCCAUAAAUUAUGCUGGAAGAGGACAUCUUGCAACUUAUACACAACGAACAAAUGAAGAAGCUCCACAAAAACCAUAUCAAGUAUCUGUAACUGACAUUAAAUCAACAAAUUUUACGGUUAAUUGGGAAAUUGGUUCACCAAGACCAGGCAUCACAACUUACACAAUAAAGAUGAUGACUGACAUUGCUCAAUCUAAAGAAUUCAAUGUUGUUGGCUAUGAGAACAGAAAUUACCUGGCAACAGGUCUUGAGGAGUUUUGGAAUUACAAUGUAACAGUUACUGCAUCCACGUCUAUUGGUUCAGUGACAUCUGAUGUGUCAGACAAUUAUCGUACAUUACCUGCAGCUCCCGGGAAGGUGUCAAGUUUUAGUGUUCAAGAUGGUCAGGGGCAGAAGCUCAAACUUUCAUGGAAAGCACCACAUAUUCUUGAAAGAAACAGUAUAAUAAAGAAAUACAGAUUCAUACACAAUGCUAUCGGAGACCUGCAGUCGCAACAGACACUCAACCAGAACGGAGAUGAAAAUUAUGAAUUUUCUAUAUCUCUCGACGUUGUCCCAGAAACUUUUUAUUAUUUUGAGGUAUUUGCAAUAAACGAGCAAGAUAUGAAUGGUGAAAAAACAAUCACUAUUAAGCAAGCACACGCAAAAGUUCCUGUCAAUAUUGAAGAAACGUUAGGAGUCGAUGUUAUUCCAUUGCGACUUCUGAAAGAUAUUGAAAGAACUCAAUUUACCGUUACUUUAUUGAAAGAGUUCUUCGAGGAGUCUACAAACGGUGAAAUAAAAGCAACUGGAAUAAUAGCUUGUGUGAAAGACUGUAAUUUAGAAGACAUCAAGAAAGUUACAGAUUUCGACACAAUGAAAACUUGGAAACAGUACACAGACCAAGGUUCUGGAUUUUACCGUGUUACAAGUCCUUCCUGGUUUGACGAGAUUCAGACCUUUUGCAAUACUGGAAGGAAGAAAAGAUCGAUAAAAUCUUUCGAAUAUACACUUGGCAGUGAAUACUGUACAUACCUCCCUGCUGAUGAAUAUUGCAAUGGCCCUCUACAGCCAGGUACUAGUUACAAACUUGUUGCUGUAGUAUGUAACAUUGGCGGUUGUCUGCUUAGUCGACAGUAUGGACCUUUCAUAACAGCUGCCGCAGCACAUGUUAUAGAAGACUCUAAUUGUUCUACGCAAUCUCUUGUGAUUGGACUUGUUUUGGGUCUAAUUAAUCUAGUACUGCUAGUCUAUGCUGGGUAUACAACCAUCACCUUAAGACGCAUUCGAACAAAAGAUGGGCAAAAGACAAAUUCAAACGACAAGAGUGGACACGUUAGUGAAACGUAUGCGAAUGAAGCAUUCGGUUCAGAAGUGACUCGUAGAGAUUAUGGAAAUCCAGCUGGACAGUAUAGCGAAUCUGAAUACCUUACACUAGAUGCCAAUACAAGAGAGGACAAGACUACUUAUGAUACACUUAGGAACGGUCCAUGAACAGUUUUUGGUUCAUUUGGUGAACAUAAACUAUAAAAUAUUUCAAUUAAUGAAACUACUGCUUAUUAGUGUAUGGUAUUAUUGCUAUCAUUAUUAUUUACCUCUAACGUGGUACUGCUUAUAUUUGUAAUUUCAGUGUGUAUAUAUCUUUAACUUAUGACGCUUUGUUAAUACCAUUCUUAUAAAAGUUAACUUUAUUCCAAUGACAAAAAGUUCAUUGAGAUAUAAUAGCUAUGUUUUUCUCUUUUUUAAUAACCUCUUGUAUAAAAAUGUAUACAUCUUUUAUCUAUCAUGGUUAAUUAAUAUCAUUUCUAUAAAAAAUAUCUUCAUUGCAAAUGAAACUAUUUAAACGGAAUGUUUUGGAGAUAUUAAUGGAACAAACACAUUCGAAAUUAAGUUUUACCUGUAUUAAAAAAAGCCUGAAACAAUGGUAAUUUGCUAGAGAAGAAAUGCAUAAAACACUUCAAAUAAAGUGAAUCGACAUGAGUGAAAUGACACAUCAGGUUUCUAACAUUUUUUCUGUGACUAAAGUUAAUAUUUAUGCAAUCUUAUAUAUUUGACUUUCUUUGAUUUUCUUUAAAUUCUUCGAGUGCUGUAAUUUUAACCUUCUCUUUGUGUUGUUCAAAGUAAGAAUAUUGGGGAUUUGUGUUAGAAUAUGUUCAUAACAAUCAGCACUGAAUGCAUUUUUUGCAGCAAUUUGUAUAUAUAAACAGUGUUGGUAUAAAAUGUAAAUGUAGCAAU